AUGCCUUCUAUUGUGAACUCUUUAUGUGUCACUUACGCACCAUUCUCUUCUCCACCCCCUAAACCUGUCAACCUCCCUCAUCACCUCUCUCUCCCCUUCUCACUUCCGCCUGCCCUUCUCACUUCCGCCUCUCCCUCUCACUUCCGCCUCUCCCUCUCACUUCCGCCUCUCCCUCUCACUUCCGCCUCUCCCUCUCACUUCCGCCUGCCCUUCUCACUUCCGCCUGCCCUCCUCACUUCCGCCUGCCCUUCUCACUUCCGCCUCCCCUUCUCACUUCAGCCUCUCCCUCUCUCUCACUUCCGCCUCUCCCUCUCACUUCCGCCUCUCCCUCUCACUUCCGCCUCCCCGUCCUACUUCCAUCAACCCCCUCACUCACCACGCAUUCUCCUCUCUCUGCUCUGCCCCCAUGCCUGUGCUCCACCCCUUCCCCCCUUCCGCUCCCCUCCCCCUUGUGCUCCCCCCCUUCUGUUCCCCUCCCCCUUGUGCUCCCCCCUUCUGUUCCCCUCCCCCUUGUGCUCCCCCCUUCUGCUCCCCUCCCCCUUAUGCGCGCCCCCCCUUCUGCUCCAUCCCCGGGUGUGCGCCUCCCCUUCUGCUCCUCUCCUCCCCCUUCUUCUCCCCUCCCCCUUGUGCACCCGUCCCUCUCCUGUCCGUAUCUGCCCUUCUCCUAUCCGUAUGCGCACCCCUUUCUUCCGUAUCUGCCGCUCUCCCCACCCGGUGCACAGGCAGCCUUCUAAGCAGCCUGCCACCUCCACUAAUGUUGCUCUUCCACACAUCGAUCAGCACACUCAUGCUGGUGACGUGGCGUAUGACCCGCUCAAGCCCGCUGACGUAAAAUAUGACCCGGUCCGGCCUGCUGACGUGGCGCGGGAUGUGUCCCUGCCACGUGUGCUGCAUGAGGGCAGCGAGGGAGAGGAAAAGGAGCUAGUAGACGGAGUAAGGGAGAUGGGAGGAGGAGGAGGUAUUGGGGAGGCAGGUUGGGAGGGUGAGAAAGGUGGUGAGGGAAGGGAAAGGAGAGAGAGUGUGAAGAGGAAGUUUGGAUCAGGAGAGGAAGACGAGAGGCAGGAGAAGGAGAGGAGGAUUGACGGGGAAAAGUGGGUUGAUGAAGCCGCGCCUCCAUUUUCUCCCCCUUCUCCUCUUUCUCCUGCUGCUGCCUUGCACUCGCCUCCACCUCCCCGCCCUCGCCCUGCGAUCGUAUGGGACCUGGACGAAACCCUUAUCAUCUUCCAGUCGCUGCUCUCGGGGAAAUUCGCCAAGACUCUUCUGGCUGAUAGAGAAGCAGGGGGAGGCAGUGGGGCAGGGGGGAGCAGCGAAGCGAGAGGGGUGGAGGAGCGCGCACGGGAGUUGGGGGAGGCGUGGGAGAGGCUGAUACUUGACGUGUGUGAUGGCCACUUUUUUUUCAAAGAGCUUGAGGACGUGGACCUCCCAAACCUGCGCCACGUGGAAGCUGGUAACAAGCCUGCUGACGUGGCAGCGCCGAGCCACUGCGAUGGUUCCAUGGCAGGCCGGAAAAAGCCAGCAGUUUCUGCUAGUUCUGACGUCACUGCUGGUGUGGUGGGUCGUCAGGAAAGCCAGAUGGUUGCAGAGCGGUUCCAGCAGAUAGAAUUCGCAUACAGGAAGGGAAUCUCGGCUCUCCUCACACCCGCCCAAGAGGCACAACGACAGCAGCUGUACACAGACAAAUUCACCAAUGGAUGGUUGAGAGCAGGUCGGGCCAUGCUUGCUGCAGCAUCGGCAUCAUGUGCUCCUUCAGACCCAACAGCAGCGGCGGCAGCGGCGGCACCAAUUGCAUCAGCAGCAGCAGAAGCUGAAGAAACGAGAGCAGCCAAGACUGGAUCAGCAGAGCGUGGUGCAGGGGGUGCAGCAGCAGAGUGUAGUACAGGGGCUACACCAGAGGAGGGUGAUACAGGGGCUACAGCAGCAGAGGGUGGUGCAGGGACCGCAGCAGAAGAGGGUGGUACCGGGACUGCAGCAGCAGAGGCUAGUGCAGGGACUGUAGCAACAGAGAGUGGUGCAGGGGCAGUCAAUGUGGUGGUUUCUUCCGGGCAGCUCAUUCCAACCCUUGCCAAAUGCAUGCUGUUCGGCCUCGAUUCCUUCAUCUGCUUGACCAACAUCUACAGCUCCCGCAAGGAAGGCAAGCUCGUGUGCUUCAAGCACAUUCGAGACCGCUACAAGGACGGUUACCAUUGCGGUGACCAUUAUUCCAACCGUUACACCAGUGCGGUUACCAGCACAGUCAGCAGCAACGGGGAAGGGGUUGCUGCAGAUGCAUCGUCCUGUAAGAAAGCUCGACGGGUGCAGAGCAGUGAGCACCGGUUUGUGGCGGUGGGGGAUGGGUGUGAGGAGGCAGCAGCAGCAAGAAUCAUGGGGUGGCCGUAUGUGAGAGUGGAUGCAGCAUGGGAUGACAUGCGCCUGACAAGCAUGUCUCUGGCACAGAUACUGCAUGCACGCAUGCAAUAG